UCUCCGCCAUUUUCCUCCAGUCCUGAAAAGUUUUUCUGACUGUCUGUGGUGUUGUCGUUGUGUGUGUACGUCGGAUGUGUGUUGAUGUACGUAACCUCGUUACGUGCGUGAUAACGCCACUGUCCAAUUAAAUAUUGUGUGAUUGUCCGACGUGCUACACAGAAGCAAUCUAUAAUCGUGUAGUAAUUUUAUGGAAUUGAAUAGAACCUUGAAAUUCGACGGAGGAGGCAGAGAGAGUGGCGCCAUUGACAAAUGUCGAAGUUGAAAUGGAGGCGUCGUCCAUCAUCACCCAGGUUACCCGUGAAGAGGAUCAGAUAACCAGCUUCGCUCAAGAAAAAGUAAUUGUAAAGACAGUCAGUGGCUCGAGCAGCACCACUGGUAGCGUGAAAAAAUCAGCAAGAGGUUUCCUCAGAUCUUUAUUCUGUUGUCUGGGAAAACGAGGCAGCUCUGAUCAAACCAACAAAUCAUCCAACAAUGGUGGCAAUUUAGUUAUAAAUGGAGGAGGGGCGGGUAAUGGAGGAGGUUUUGACACUGAUAGUGGGGAGGAAAAUGGACGCUGCUCACCUUUGCUGCAGCAAGCAUCAGCCAAGUAUCUUUUGCCUGUUCCCCACUAUCAGGAUAGUCAAAGGAAGUGUAUGGUGAUAGAUCUGGAUGAAACGUUAGUCCACAGCUCGUUCAAGCCCAUAAGCAAUGCUGACUUUAUCGUUCCGGUGGAAAUUGACGGAACGGUUCACCAAGUGUAUGUGCUCAAACGGCCGCACGUAGACGAGUUCCUGCGUAAAAUGGGCGAGCUAUACGAGUGUGUACUAUUCACAGCAAGUUUGGCCAAGUAUGCUGACCCCGUAGCCGACCUAUUGGAUCAGUGGGGCGUCUUCCGAUCACGCCUCUUCCGGGAAUCGUGUGUCUUCCAUCGCGGAAACUACGUCAAAGACUUAAGUCGACUUGGUCGAGAACUCCAAAAAGUAGUCAUCAUUGACAACUCGCCCGCCUCUUACAUCUUCCAUCCUGACAACGCCGUACCAGUAGCUUCGUGGUUUGAUGACAUGUCGGAUACAGAACUUCUGGACUUGAUACCCUUCUUUGAACGACUCAGCCAGGUUGACAACGUCUACACGGUUUUGCGUAACUCGAAUCACGCUGCGUUGACCAAUCGUAGCGAUUCGCUCAACCCUAAUGUCGAUUUGAACUCGAUCCCUAUUAAUGUGCCCUAGCCCUUCUCUCCUUCUUGUAAGACGGACGAUCCAUCCAAUAUUGUGAGUGAUUUUAAUCUCGUCGCGAGCCUUCGGUGUGGCCUUCGUCUUUUUUUUCCAAUGCAGCUAAAUGACUUUAGAAGAAAAAGAAGAAAAAAUAUUGUUUCGACUCGUUGUUUCACACAAGUGCAUAUUAAUGGACCCCACCAAUUGGCCAAGGAAAGAAAUGUAAUCAAUUUACCCCAUACUUUCUGUGAGAUGGUUGUGCGUUGUUUGUGAGCGUGGCUUCCUUCGUCCACCGAGUGGUUGUAUCACAUACGAGAAAAGUGCCUGCCUCUUUCGUCAUUAUCUAUCUACCUGUCAACCCGCGUUAGACACGACAAUGCUGCUAUAACCUACGAGUUAUCAAAUGUAAGGAGACGGGAUAACAAAACAGGAUGAAGAAAAUAGCCAACUGACCAUUGUUCGAAUGACCUUUGAUAUCUUUCUUUUUUUACCUUUUUUUAUUACCUUUCAUUUUAAAAAAUUAUUAUAAUCAACUGGUUGUAUUUUGUAGAUAUCUUUUGGAUCUACAGCUGCACUAUUCGCUGUACAUAAGAAAGACUCCCACUUUAGAUUUUCGAUCUAUAUUGGAUGGGUUGCGUUGGAUGUUUUUGGGGUCAAGUGCCUUGUUUUUUUUCCCCCUUUAAGAAUUUCUUUUUAUUUGUUCUUCCCACACAAAAAAAUCAUCCAACGUACCGAUCACUAACUCGUGUUCAGAAAUCACUUUGUAACUUCGAAAAUCGUGUUCCGUUUUCUUUUCUUAGUAUCCUAAGUUGAUUCUUUAUUCAUUUACUCAUACUCAUCAUCUUUCUUCCCCUUGUUCAUCCAUUUACUACAACUUGGACAGUUACUCUGUAGAGACAUAAUCCAAGAGUGGGAAAUUUAUGGAACUGGUUCGGGCUGUCUUGUUGGUUACGUUCCCACUUUCUCUCCACGUUCUUCAUCCGCCGGUGUUGAUUCCUUGAAAGUUUAUUAUUUCUAUCAUUUCUUUCGCUAAUGUUUUAUUACCGUUUUUACGCUUGUGGUUGAAUCCACCUUUCACGCCAGCUACACCUAAAGCAUCAAUAUUACUUUUCAAGUGUUAUGUCCCCCACCUUCUGCGCUCUUUUUCACCUUGACUUUUGUUACUGUUGGUUUGUUUAUUAUUAUUAUUUUUUCCUUUGUCUACAUCGUCAUUUCUGUUGAUUGGAGCAUCCGAAUAUCUUUUCUGCACGCCAUGGACUACGUCGUUUCAAACGGUCAUGUCCUAGCCCCUCAUCUCAGCCGCAAGUGCCUCCUCCCGUUUGCGCAGUUAAUUCUUCAUAAGGUGUGGGUCAGAAACGAUCCCUUGAAACAUCACUCAAAACAUGGUCAAACGAGGUUAAAUCGCAUCUAAUAAAACUACCAAACCGGUGUGCCAUAUACAAUACCAAUUAUAAGAUCUUAAGCGAAAAGAAAAACGUCUGGCGGUGGAAACCUGAAUGAUCAGCGAAAUUCGUCUGCCCCCAUCAUUCAUCUGUUUUACAUUAAGGACAACGGACUAGCUGCCCUCCAUCCACUCCUCGCAACAUCCAAUCCAUGUAUUACGUUACUAGAUUAGCUCUCGCGUCCUAUCAUCACCGGCUUCUUUUUUUCUAUCUUUUUGUGCUCAAGACGACGCAAUACAUAUUUGAUUGAGCCGACUGAUUAGUUUAACAAAUUUCAGCUAAACGUCGUUUGAGUGAGCCAUUCACUCCAGUUUGAGGACAAAAUAGUGGACACCGAGUUUAGGUAGAGGUGAGGGGUUCCUUUUUCACUGUACUUCUCAUUGAAGGCAGAGAUUCUCUAGGCGAUGGUUGUAUUAGAUAUCGAGAACCUCACGAUAGCAAGUUAAAACCUGGCCUUACUUCUUUCAUUUUUGGCACGAGAAUAUGUGUCUUGUGUGAUGGAUACGUUGGAAAAUAAUCUGCUUUGUAGCCACGAAAUAUACCAAGACAUACUCA